GAAGAGCUCGGCGGCCCCAGCCUGAGCUGCUGAUUCAUCAGGUGUCUGUGUCAACGCCUCCCAGGCUCAGGGUCCUCGGCUGGCUAGGGGGAGGAAGCGGCACGUGGGGGGGGGUGCUGGGAAGACCCUGCCCGCUCCGGCUUCGCUCCGUCACACGCUUGCCAGAGCCCAGAAGGAGACUUGCUGAGUCAUCAGCAUGAGGUCACUCGAUGCUCGUCCUGAUGCCUGGGGGGAUUAGAGCUAGGGGCCUGAGAGGCCAGGAAACAGGGAGUGCCUGCUUGCUGUGCCCUCGGGUUAUGACGACCCCCAAUAAAGGAAACAAGGCCUUGAAGGUGAAGCGGGAGCCGGGAGAGAAUGGCACCAGCCUGACAGAUGAGGAGCUGGUGACCAUGUCAGUGCGGGAGCUGAACCAGCACCUGCGGGGUCUGUCCAAGGAGGAGAUCAUCCAGCUGAAGCAGCGCCGGCGCACGCUCAAGAACCGCGGCUAUGCCGCCAGCUGCCGCGUGAAGCGGGUGACCCAGAAGGAGGAGCUGGAGAAGCAGAAGGCAGAGCUGCAGCAGGAGGUGGAGAAGCUGGCCUCGGAGAACGCCAGCAUGAAGCUGGAGCUCGAUGCCCUGCGCUCCAAGUACGAGGCCCUGCAGAACUUCGCCAGGACCGUGGCCCGAAGCCCUGUGGCGCCAGCUCGGGGUCCCCUUGCUGCUGGCUUGGGGCCCCUCGUCCCCGGCAAGGUGGCCGCCACCAGCGUCAUCACGAUAGUAAAGUCCAAGACGGACGCCCGGUCGUAGGGACGCGCUUGCCCAGGCGGGUCUGCAAGGGGCCAGUAGGCGCAUGGCAAAUUCAGCAGCCCUGUCCCCUUCUCCCUCCCUCCUCUUCUUCCUCUUCUCUUCUUUUCCUCCUCUCCUACCUCCUCCCUUCCCUGCAAAGCACAACCUGCACCCCAGGGGCGCCGGGCUGAGCCCCCUUUGAUCUCGUCGUUGUCAUCGUGUGUUUUGUACGUUGGGAUUGGUCAGUUUGGUGGUGACGUGGGGUCGCCCCCGCCCCCUUUGUACCAUGGGCAGGUGGGCUUGGAGUCCAGAGUCGGUCUGUGGGAGUGGACAGAGAGAAAGAUUGACCGGGUGCUCUGGGGCACAUGUGUCCCUGAGCAGGGAGGGCUGCAGGGCAGGAGAGAGGCUGUUCUCGCUGCAGAAUGGCCCACAGGCUCUGACAGCCGCCAGGCUAGCGGGGGGCCGGGCAGUUCACUCUCAGCUCGGCCUGCAGGCAUAGACGGGCACUGCUCUGCAGAGUAGGCUGUCCCUGAGGGCCCUGGACAGGCGGGCCACCGGUCUGGCGCUGGCGGGGAUGGGGUGUCGUGUGGCUGUGGGCCGGGGGCCUUGGCACUCACACCUGACGUGUUGCACUGAACAAGACCAAAUCACUGGUUGUGAGCGUACGUGAAGGGUGUGUCCAGUGUCCUGCGAUGGGUCCCGUGUCACUGUUUACAUGACCUAUUUGUGUGGUUACAUAGCCCUUUAUUUAAAAGAGAGAAGUUCCUUUUACGAAGUUAUUAAAUUAUAUGUUUAAAAGCUAAAGAAAAAAAAAGCUGCAGAGUAUUUAUAAAACUGUCUUUUUAAAAAAAAAAAAAAAAGCGAGAACAUUUGACCGUAUAAACAGAAAAGGGAAGAAAGUAUAAUAGAACUUUGCUAGUUUAAAAAAAAAAAAAAAAAUCCUUUCUUGUAAACUUACAGACAAGUCUUUGUGGCUGUUGAAGUUUAGUUUUUAUAUACACAGAGUUAUCAGACGUUAUUUAUAAAACUUAGUUAAAAAAAGACAAAAAAAAAAGCCAAGCCGUGAGCGACCAGAAGGCGCGUCCUGACGUCCUCUUUGCUAUCUCUUUUGCAAUUGUACCGAAAGUGACUUACUCCUUUGCCCUUCCUGCUUCCGUCUCUUGCCGGUGCCGUGGUGUUGUCUGUGCCUGGUGAGGUCUUGUGCAGCGUCACGUGCUGGUGCUUCUGGUGACCUUUGACCUGUGGGUGUCACUUCUUGUGUCUGUUCUCCCGUGUUUGUUUUUUGGAUUUGGUUGUGGUUUUGCUUCUGCUGGCUUGUCAGGCCUGGGCUGUAGUGCCAGGCUGCGCCUGCUCCAGUGGAGCUUGGGAUGUCUGUGCCUCCAGCCCAGCCUCUUCUGCUUUGGCGCCCACCCCAAGCCCCUGGGGGGUCAGAUGCAGGGCUCUGCCACACCCCUCUGCUGACCCUUGGUUUCGCAUGUGUGUCUCAGGCUUGGGCUGAUCCAGUGGCAGGGUAGGUGAAACUGGGGGUCAUCCUGGGCCCCCCUCCCGCCCCCUCA